AUGGAGUUCUGCCUGGAAGAAAAUCAUUUCACCGAAGAAAUGUCUGUUGCGUCGGCAGCUUCUGUUUAUUCGUGGUCGGAACCGGAAGAAUGUAUGACGAUUGGCACAGCUGAUGAGCUUUGUGAAUAUUGUGAUGAGAAUCUAAGAACGGCAAUUGAUCAGGAAUCCCAGGAUGUAACACUCGUCAAGAGCGGCCAGGAAACUGACAAAAAUGAACAAGAGCCUUCCUCUGCAAUCAGCACUGCCAUGACUGGGAGCAUUUCAUGGUACAGCAUGCCACCAUCAGAAACUAUUGUUGAAGUGCCGAAGAUGGAAGGGGAGCAGCUUGUUGAUAUCAAUGAAAAAUUACACUGUCGUUUCGAAGUUGUAAACUCAGUGGAUAUCCAGAGGCAGAAGUUUGCGUGUGAGACUAUAUUCCCGAAAAUAGAAGUGGACCAGAUUGCUGAUGUCAGGGAGAAAUUAUAUGAUCGUUUCGAGACCGUCAAAUCGGUGGAUAUCAAGAAGCAGAAGUUUGCAUGUGAGACUGUAGUCCCGAAAAUAGAAGCGGUCCAGAUUGCUGAUGUCAGAGAGAAAUUAUAUGAUCGUUUCGAGACCGUCAAAUCGGUGGAUAUCAAGAAGCAAAAGUUUGCAUGUGAGACUGUAGUCCCUAAAAUAGAAGUGGACCAGAUUGCUGAUGUCAGAGAGAAAUUAUACGACCGUUUUGAGACCGUCAAAUCAGUGGAUAUCAAGAAGCAGAAGUCUGCAUGUGAAAUGUUGAAGAUGGAAAGAGAGCAGAUUAUCGACGUCAAGGAGAAAUUACAUUGCCGUUCUGAAAUUGCAAACUCAGUGGAUAUCCAGAAGCAGAAGUUUGCAUGUGAGACUAUAGUCCCGAAAAUGGAAGUGGACCAGAUUGUUGAUGUCAGAGAGGAAUUAUGUCACCGUUUCGAGACCGUCAAAUCAGUGGAUAUCAAUAAGCAGAAGUUUGCAUGUGAGACUGUAGUCCCGAAAAUAGAGGUGGAGCAGACUGCUGGUCUCAGGGAGAAAUUAUAUCACCGUUUCGAGAUCGUCAACUCAGUGGAUAUCAAGAAGCAGAAGUUUGCAUGCGAGAGAAUAGUUGAGGAGGUUGAACUGCUGCAAAUCCUACCUCACGCCUCAAAGCGGCGCAGCGGUGGCCCUGGCCGUCGGGCAGCUAUGGUGACGAGACUUCGUCUCGGCAGGUUCAACCAUGCCACAAAGGCUGCUAGCUUGCUAGUGCGACAAGCCGACCGAGGACAACACCCCCGUCGCGUCAUACUGCUAAUGUCUACUAUGUGUUCUUCAGAAGCUAGGGCGUACCCCAGAAGCGACGCGCAUUGUCCUCGCCCGGGCAAUGUGGCAAAUAUGCGAGGGCUACCGGCUAGAGGACGAAGCCGGCCAAAGAAGUUAGUCCGCCAUCGCCAGCAACAUCCAGUGCGCUUGGCAACACUUAACGUUGGGACGCUUACUGGAAGAAGUCAUGAACUGGCAGACAGUCUCAGAAAACGCCGUGUUGACAUAUGUUGUGUACAGGAGACUCGAUGGAAAGGCUCCAAGGCAAGGGAAUUAGGCGAUGGCUACAAGCUGAUCUACCACGGCACAUCAAAUCGCAACGGCGUUGGUAUCAUAUUGAACGAGUCGUUUAGAAAUAGCGUCACAGCGGUGGAUCGACUAUCGGAUCGCUUGAUGGCUGUAAAAGUAGAUACAGGAGAAGUGGAAUUGCGAGUCGUCUCUGCUUAUGCGCCACAGAUGGGCUGUAGUGAAGAAGAGAAGGCGUGCUUUUGGGAAGAUCUGGAGCAGUACGUCCAAUCCCUGGAAGGCGAAGAAGUACUUUUAAUCGGAGGAGACUUCAACGGACAUGUCGGUUCCCGGAAAGACGGAUUCGAGAGUUGUCAUGGUGGAUACGGCUAUGGAGCUCGUAACGACGACGGGUUGCGAAUCCUGGAGUAUGCUGUUGCAAGUGACUUGAUCAUUGCUAACACGCAGUAUCGGAAAAGAAAAUCGCAUUUGAUCACGUACACCAGCGGCGGUCGUGAAACACAAAUAGAUUUCUGGAUGUUACGCCGACAAGAUCGCCGACUUCUGCAGGAUUCAAAAGUCAUCCCUACAGAUCAUGUCGCUGCCCAACACCAUCUGCUCGUUAUGGACUUGAAAAUCUCCCGUCCAAGGAAGAGACAUCCAAGGACUGAAACACAGCGCAUCAAAUGGUGGAAUCUGAAGGAUCGAAAGGAGGUAUUUUUCGCGUCCGUGGCUCCAUCUACCUCUCCCCACCCUACUCGUAGUGUGGAGGAAAUGUGGUUGUCUACUUCCAGCGUUAUACGCUUGACCGCGGAAAACACUCUGGGAAAGACGACUCUAGGUAAGCCAAAGGUACAAAAGGCUACGUGGUUUUGGAACGAGGAAGUUCAGGCGGCAAUUCGUGAGAAGAAGUCCAAGUAUAAGCUCUGGUGGAGGACGCGUCAGCCUGAAGAUCGGGGUGCUUACCUAGCGGCGAAGAGGGAGGCUAAGAAGGCAGUCUCCAAGGCGAAGUCGGACCGCUACAAGGCUGUGUACGACAUGCUUGAUACCAGAGAAGGCGAGCGGGCAGUGUAUCGUUUAGUCAGAGCACGUCAUCGCUCAACGUUGGAUAUGGAGCACACCAAGAUCGUUAAGGGAGCUGAUGGAGCCGUUCUGCGCCGCUCUGGUCAGAUCCUGGAGAGGUGGCGAGAGUACUACAAUCACUUGUGUAACGAAGAGUUCUGUCAUCCUCCCAUCCCAACCGUUCCCAGCGUCGAGGGUCCUGUUCUACCAAUUACUGCCGUCGAAGUCAGUGCUGCCCUCGCAAAAAUGAAGUCGAACAAGGCAACCGGUCCUGAUGACAUACCUGUUGAUAUCUGGAAGCUGCUAGGAGAUCGAGGGUCCAUGUGGCUCGCAACUCUAUUUAACAAGAUCGUUGCAGAAGGACGGACUCCAGACGUUUGGCAAACUUCCGUGACCGUGCCUGUCUGGAAAGGGAAAGGAGACAUUGCUGACUGCACCUCGUACAGGCCUAUACGACUGCUCUGCCAUACGAUGAAGAUUUUUGAGCGUGUCCUGGAAGCUCGUCUGAGGAAAAUUGUUAGCGUUUCACUCAACCAGUGCGGUUUUGUGAAGGACUGCAGCACAAAUGCUAUCCAUGCUGUCCGAAUCCUCCUGGAGAAACAUCGAGAGAAGAACCGCAGUGUGCAUCUUGCUUUCCUCGAUCUCGAGAAAGCUUUCGACCGUGUCCCACAUGAGCUGUUAUGGAUGUCCAUGAGGUCGCAUAGAGUACCAGAAGAAUAUGUGAGGUGGACGAAGCUGCUUUAUGCGAAGCCUACCAGCGUUGUACGAUGUGCUGUUGGAACAAGCAGGCCAUUCCCUAUACGAGUAGGGGUUCAUCAGGGUUCAUCCCUCUCACCUCUGCUGUUCAUACUGUGCAUGGACACGAUAACGAAGGAAAUCCAGAAGCAGCAUCCGUGGACUCUACUCUUUGCCGACGAUGUCAUGCUCGCGUCGGAGUCUCGAGAUGAUCUUCAGAAACAAGUGCAGUCUUGGAAGGAUCAGCUGCAGCAAUAUGGAUUGCGCCUCAACACAUCAAAAACUGAGUACAUGGAGUGCGGACCAAGGAUAGAGGAUGGUUCAAUUCGUGUUGAUGGCACCGAAUUAAACAAGGUGAACUGCUUCAAGUACCUUGGAUCCAAAGUGACUUCCACAGGCGACAUUGAUCAAGAAGGUCGAGCACGUGUUAAUGCUGCAUGGAUGAAAUGGAAAAUGGCAACAGGGGUACUGUGCGACAAGAAAGUCCCUGUUCGACUGAAGUCGAAGAUCUACAGGACGGUAGUGCGUCCUGUUGCCCUUUACGGAUGCGAGUGCUGGCCGACAACGAAAGCCUUGGAAAGAGUGCUGCACGCUAUGGAGAUGCGGAUGUUGAGGUGGACGAUAGGUGUGACGCUAAAAGAGAAAGUAUCCAACGACACUGUGCGCUCCAUCUUCGGUGUCGUCCCGAUAACUGAGAAGAUGAAGGAGGCGCGACUGAGAUGGUUUGGUCACGUAUUGCGGCGGGAGGAAGAUUCUGUUGCCAAAACCGCUCUGAAGCUCGACGUUUCAGGAGAAGAAGAAGAAGAAGAAGUUGAGGAGGUUGAAGAGGCUAUUGAAAGUCUACAUUAUUACAGCGAAACUGCCACUUCAUUGGAUAUUCGUAGAGCUACAUUCACCUGCCGUACCUUACUCGAAGAUCUAACCUUUCGUGAUCCAGCACAAAUUAUUGGAGAUAAAGACAAGCAUGAGAAACUUAACACCUAUAAGUGCAAGAGAUGCUUAAAGCCAUGUUUCGUUCUUCUUUCCUAUAGAUUGAGAACGGCGAAAUCUUCCCAGCUAUUUCUUCUGUAG